AUGUUUCUUCAAUCUUUGACACUGGACUCGAGGAUGGAUGAGGUCCUCUCUUUUGGCAUGAUCCGUGGCGGACUACGAAGGGAAGAAGAGUUAAAGUCUAAAAAGAUUUGGAAUUUCAUAAGGGAAAGAGGUCAAGUUGUUAAUUGGGCAGCUCUUGUUUGGUCUUCUAAAGUCAUCCUGAUGCAUCGUUUCAUUCUUUGGUUGGCUUUCCGUAGAAGACUUAGCACUCGGGAUCGAAUUCAAGUUUACAUGGACAUUCCAGAUGCUAGUUGCUUACUUUGUGAUGGAAAUGUGGAGGCGAUUGAUCACUUACUCGGGGGUUGUCCGUUUACAAGGCAUGUGUGGAAUAAGUUCACUUCGGCGAUGUCGGAGGCAUGGGAGGAAAUUAUAGUUGCUGCCCAAGAUAGAACUAGGGCAAAUAAAUUUCCAGCAAACAUUUUUAAGUACAAUUUUGCCUCUAUCGUGUAUCAUGUUUGA